CAGGCUGAUAGCAAAUGUGCUCUAGUCUAUGGUCAAAUGAAUGAGCCCCCAGGUGCUCGUGCCCGUGUUGGCCUUACUGGACUGACCGUUGCUGAACACUUCAGAGAUGCAGAAGGGCAAGAUGUGCUUCUCUUCAUUGACAAUAUUUUCCGAUUUACCCAGGCUAACUCAGAAGUGUCUGCCUUGCUUGGCCGUAUCCCAUCUGCCGUCGGUUAUCAACCCACUUUGGCUACAGAUCUUGGAGGCCUUCAAGAGCGUAUCACAACAACUAAGAAAGGUUCCAUUACCUCUGUCCAAGCCAUUUAUGUGCCUGCUGAUGAUUUGACCGAUCCGGCUCCUGCAACCACCUUUGCUCACUUGGACGCCACUACCGUGUUAUCACGACAGAUUUCUGAGCUUGGUAUUUAUCCUGCUGUCGAUCCACUUGACUCAACAUCUCGCAUGCUUUCCCCACAUAUCUUGGGAGAGGAUCACUACAACACAGCCCGUGGGGUACAGAAAGUCCUCCAGAACUACAAGAAUCUUCAAGAUAUUAUCGCCAUUCUUGGAAUGGAUGAGCUCAGUGAAGACGACAAAUUGACAGUUGCGCGUGCUCGUAAAAUUCAACGGUUUUUGAGCCAGCCUUUCCACGUCGCAGAAGUUUUCACGGGCGCCCCUGGCAAGUAUGUCGAGUUGAAGGAGAGCAUUAACAGCUUCCAGGGAGUCUUGGAUGGAAAAUAUGACGACCUAGCAGAACAGUCAUUUUACAUGGUUGGAGGAAUCGAAGAGGUCAUUGCCAAGGCAGAGAAGAUUGCAAAGGAAUCUUCUGCAUAGAUGGAUUAAUCUUCCCCACAAUAAUUUUGUUUGUGGCUAUG